UUUAAGAGGCGGUCCUAACGCCUCGUUGAUAUUUUAUUAAUAUUACCAUUAAUUUCUUAUCCUAAUAAAUUCUAAAGACAGACUUGGAAGUAAACUCUCCCCCAUCAGAGGAGAGAGGAAAAGAGACAGAGUGGUUUUAGAGAGAGAGAGAGCGACUCUGUAGAAACACAUGAAUUGUGUUCGUUGCGCUUUGUUGUUAUGAUAGCUUUCUCUUAGCAUCUGAAGAAGAUGAAUAAAGAUUAAAAGGGUCUUUCUUGAAAUAUAGUUUUAAGCAUUUAUUCUCUGAAACAAGAAGCAACAAGAAGAAGAAUCGAAGAAAAAAAAGAUGGAUUUAUCUGAUUGCUCUAAUGAAUAUGAGAAGCUUGUUGUACGGAUGAACAUGCCCAGGGUCGUAAUUGACAAUGGAGUUUGCCCUAAUUCAACUGUCGUCAAGAUCGAUAGUGCAAGAAGCCCAUGGAUCCUGCUCGAAUCUGUACAGCUUCUCACCGAUAUGAAUCUUUGGAUAAGGAAAGCUUACAUUUCCUCUGACGGAAAAUGGAAUAUGGAUGUUUUUCAUGUGAGCGAUCUUAAUGGCAACAAAUUAACCGACGAGAACCUAAUCCGUUACAUAGAAAAGUCGAUCGAGACGUCUCAUUACACUAAAAGCGAAGGUUAUACCGGUUUAACCGCUCUAGAGCUAACCGGAACCGACAGAGUUGGUUUACUCUCAGAGGUUUUCGCGGUUUUAGCUGAUCUUUCAUGUGAUGUUGUUGAAGCUAAGGCAUGGACGCAUAACGGGAGGAUCGCGUUGAUGAUCUAUGUUAAAGACCGUAACUCCGGUACUUCUUUAGACGGAGAUUCCGACCGUGUCCAACGUAUAGAAGGGAAACUACGUAACUUACUAAAAGCAGACGAUGGUUACAAAAACGACACGAGGACAUGCGUAUCAUAUGGUGGAAAUAACCAUAUGGAGAGGAGGUUGCAUCAGAGGAUGUUUAUGGACCGUGACUACGAGAAGAAGUUCGACUACGAGACAUCUCCGAUCGUUUCGGUACAAAAUCUUCCGAAACGUGGUUACUCUGUCGUGAAUUUGCAGUGCAAAGAUCGCCUGAAGCUUUUGUUCGAUGUUGUUUGCACGUUGACGGAUAUGGCCUACAUUGUGUUCCAUGCGGCGAUUAGAACGGUUGGAGAAACAGCAUUUUUGGAAUUUUAUGUAAGACAUAGUGAUGGAAAUCCGGUUAAUUCAGAACCGGAGAGACAACGUUUGAUCCAAUGUUUACAAGCCGCAAUUGAAAGAAGGACGGUUAAGGGUGUAAGAUUGGAGUUAUGCACGGUGGAUAGACCAGGAUUGUUAGCUGAAGUAACACGAAUAUUGAGGGAGAAUGGAUCAAACAUUGCUAGAGCCGAGAUAUCGACUAAAGACGGUAUAGCCAAGAAUGUGUUCUAUGUCACAGAUGCAAACGGCAACCUUAUUGAUCCCGAGGUAAUCGAAUCCAUUAGAGAGAAGAUUGGAAUCAAUGAUCUAAGUGUUAAAGAACAAUUCCCGAUUAGUUGCCGAGAGAAAGUUGAGAAGAAACAACAACAAGAACCGCAAAAUCACCAAGGACACAAUGGAGGAGGGACGGUGUUGGUUUCACUUGGGAGCCUGGUGAUGAGAAAUCUAUACCAAUUGGGUUUGAUCAAAUCAUAUUUUUAGGAAAACUAAACCGGGUUACUAACCUGUCCAUAUAUACCAAUUCAAUAGUGUUUGUUAUUUACCCACGCGGUUGAAUUGGUGUAUUUGGACCAGAUAGUGAAAUGGUAUUGUAUUUAGUUUGGGGUGGGUGGCAAGGCAAGUUUGGUAUUGUUGAUGUACGUAAUGAAGGUGGGAAGUUAGUUACAAGUUUGGUGGUCGGUCUUCAUGUUGGACCAAUAGGUAGUAGAAGGAUAUUAGUAGAUUGUUAGGUCUUCGUACAUUUAUUCUUUUUAUAUGUACAUAUAAUAUAUAACCGGUUAGAUCAUUAGCUUGUCAAUAGUAGUAAGUUAGAGUGUUAUGUAAAUAAUAAUUUAGUUAUGGGACUUGUUUUACGCAAGGAGACAUACUGGUCCUACAUGUGUGAAUCUAUCUGAUUAAUUUGUUUGUUUUAUGAAUC